AUGGGAGAGAACAAGGCAGGUGAAAGCAAGGAUCCCCACAUUGUUACAGAUAAAGAAGUGAAGAAGAAUCAGUUGGUUCCUAAGAGAAGUCCUAACAAAGAUAGGCAUACCAAAGUUGAAGGAAGAGGUAGAAGAAUAAGGAUGCCCGCUUUAUGUGCAGCUAGAAUCUUUCACCGCCACAGGGAGCGGGACCAUACCGGCAUCGGCUUUGGCAGCAGCUGGAGGCUCGGUUUCACAUCAUGGAGCCUCUCUAUUAGCAGGGUUGCACCAAAAGAUAGAAGAUUUGUGAGGGUCCAAUACAGGGUUAUGGCCCUCAGUCAGUGGUACUUGCAGGCUAAUAAUGUUGGUCAGAUGAGCUUCACCUCAAUGUUGGGAGCGGAUAACCAGCAGCUCCCUGGUUUGGAACUUGGGUUGUCUCAAGAUGGUCAUAUAGGGGGUUCUAAAUCGUCGAGUUUUUACCCAAAUUUAUCAGCAGAUGGUGCAGGCUAG